GAGGGAGGGCGGGCGAGGGGAGAGGACUGAGCACCGGGACCGGACAGGCCGGGCCGAGGGGCGGCGGCGAAAGGCAAAGCGCCGCGAUCUCUGUCGGGAAGCGCACCCUCCCCGGGCCCCGCGGGGCCGCGCAGGGGGCGUUCUCAAUCCCGCGCCCGCUCCCUCCUUCCAUCCCCUGCCGCCCGCAGACCACCCCGGGGCCCUGUUAUCCGCGGGCGCGUCCCCGGGCUCGGGCCCGUCCCCGGCCCUCGAGGGAGCCGCCGCCUUCACCGACACCUCUGCAGCGGCCGCGCCAGAGGCCGCCCGGGCAGGACCCCGGCGUGAGCAUCGGGCGCCCCCCAAGGAGUGCACGACCCCCGGAUCCGCCCUCAGCACGGACCGCGCCCGCCGGGCACACAAGAAUGGUCACUCAGAUACUCGGGGCCAUGGAGUCUCAGGUGGCGGGGGGCCCGGCCGGCCCAGCCCUGCCCAACGGGCCACUCCUUGGGACAAACGGAGCCACUGACGACAGCAAGACCAACCUCAUCGUCAACUACCUGCCCCAGAACAUGACCCAGGACGAAUUCAAGAGCCUCUUCGGCAGCAUUGGCGACAUCGAGUCCUGCAAGUUGGUUCGGGACAAGAUCACAGGGCAGAGCCUCGGCUACGGGUUUGUGAACUACUCUGACCCCAACGAUGCAGACAAAGCCAUCAACACCCUCAAUGGCCUCAAAUUGCAGACGAAGACCAUCAAGGUGUCCUACGCCAGACCCAGCUCUGCGUCCAUCCGGGAUGCCAACCUGUACGUCAGCGGGCUCCCCAAGACCAUGAGCCAGAAAGAGAUGGAGCAGCUCUUCUCCCAGUACGGCCGCAUCAUCACGUCCCGCAUCCUGGUGGACCAGGUCACAGGUGUCUCUCGGGGUGUGGGCUUCAUCCGCUUCGACAAGAGGAUCGAGGCCGAGGAGGCCAUCAAAGGACUGAACGGGCAGAAGCCGCUGGGUGCUGCCGAGCCCAUCACGGUCAAGUUCGCCAACAACCCGAGUCAGAAGACGGGGCAGGCCCUGCUCACGCACCUCUACCAGUCCUCCGCUCGGCGCUACGCGGGGCCUCUGCACCACCAGACGCAGCGCUUCCGGCUGGACAAUUUGCUCAACAUGGCCUAUGGAGUCAAGAGUCCCCUGUCGCUCAUCGCCAGGUUCUCGCCCAUCGCCAUCGACGGCAUGAGCGGCCUGGCGGGCGUGGGCCUGUCGGGGGGCGCGGCGGGUGCCGGCUGGUGCAUCUUCGUGUACAACCUGUCGCCCGAGGCCGACGAGAGCGUGCUGUGGCAGCUCUUCGGGCCCUUCGGGGCGGUCACCAACGUCAAGGUCAUCCGCGACUUCACCACCAACAAGUGUAAGGGCUUCGGCUUCGUCACCAUGACCAACUACGACGAGGCGGCCAUGGCCAUCGCCAGCCUCAACGGCUACCGCCUGGGCGAGCGCGUGCUGCAGGUGUCCUUCAAGACGAGCAAACAGCACAAGGCCUGAGCCGCCCCACCCUCCCCGGGCAGCAGAGAGAGAGAGAGAGAGAAAGAGAGAGAGAGAGGGGCCCGAGAGAGACAGCGCAGGCAGACCACCGACGGACGAGGCCCCAUGUCCCCGUGGGGGCCACAGGGUGAGCAUGCGGGUCAGAGGGUCUGCAGGGAAUGGGGGGUGCCUGGGGGUCCCCCACCCCGUCCUCCUGCCCCCCACACCCCAGGCUGGGCUGUUCACUCUCUCGUCUUGGUUUUGUUCAUGGCGAUGGCUUUUGUUUCUUUUUUCGGCUCACGAAAGCAGAUGUGCCCCCACCGC